AUGGGAUGGUGUUGGGGAAAUCAUAUAGUUUAAGAUUUCAUGGUUAGGUAAACUUUUGACUUUACAGAGAGAAAAUAAACGAACAAAAAGCAAAACCUCUCGAGACUAGCAAAAGAUAGCAAAGUUCCCUUUGCAUCAUCAUCAUCAACAUCAAAGCCUCUGUACUUUGAACUUUGAAUCGAAACCCAGAUUCUGUAAACUAAUGGGGGAGGAAGAGAAGAGACCAGCUGAGGAGAAGAAAAUGGAGGAGAAAAAGGUAGAAGAAGAUGCAAAGAAAGGAGAUGAAUCUAAAGGAGAACCUGCUCAACAACCUCAAGAGAUUAUCUUGAAAGUUUACAUGCAUUGUGAAGGCUGCGCCCGCAAAGUCCGUUGUUGUCUCAAGGGCUUUCAAGGUGUCGAAGAUGUAAUGACGGAUUGCAAGAGUAACAAGGUGGUGGUGAAAGGUGAGAAAGCUGACCCUUUAAAAGUUCUCGAGAGAGUUCAAAGGAAAAGCCAUAGAAAAGUUGAGCUUCUCUCACCCAUCCCAAAACCACCGUCUGUGGCGGAGGAGGAUAAGAAACCAGAGGAAAAAGAAAAGCCUCAGCCUGAGGAAAUUAAAGAAGAGCCUCAGGUGGUGGUGUUGAAGGUUCACAUGCACUGUGAAGCUUGUGCUCAAGAGAUCAAGAAACGUAUCCAAAGAAUGAAAGGAGUGGAAUCAGUAGAGCCAGAUCUUAAGAGCUCAGAGGUGACAAUAAAGGGAGUGUUCAGUCCACCAAAACUAGUAGACUACGUUUACAAAAGAACAGGGAAGCACGCGCUGAUACUGAAACAAGAGCCCGAUACCAAGAAAGAAGAAGAAAAACCCAAAGAUGGCCACGAGGACGACAAGAAGAAUGGUGAAAAGGACAAGAAAGAUUCCGAAGGCGGCAACGAUAAGGACAAGAAAGGUGGUGGUGACGGCGGAGAAGCCAAUGCAGCCACCGCAGGAGGAGGAGGAGGAGGAGAAGAGACCAAAGUGACGGUGGACCUGAAGAAGAAUGAAUUGUAUUAUUACGGUCCAAGGUACGCCACCGAGUUUUACGCUUAUCCUCCGCAGAUGUUCAGUGAUGAAAACCCUAAUGCUUGCUCUGCAAUGUAAAAAGGAAAUGUUGAGUCCUCUGCUCUUCCUUCAUGUGCUCCUCAUUCUGCUGUCUAAUGGCUAUAAGAUAAAGAAUAAUAUGAAGAGAAGUCGUAGAAUUUCGACUCUAAACUAU